UUCUUUUAUCAGAAAUGUCUAGGCCAGGUUUCAGAGGCCCACAGGAUCAGAAGAAGGAACAUUGAAAGUCUCGCCGGGUCGACCAGGCAUAUCCUUUACUGCUGAACCAUCAGGGAAGCCAAGGAUGGUGUCUACUCAUCAACAAACAGAUGUUUAUUUCCUCUGUGCCAGGCUCUGUGUGGGAAGCUUUCUCACUUAAUCCUGAUGACACCCUCUGAGAAAGGUGUUAUUAUGAUCUACCUGUCAGAGAUAAGGAAACUGAAGCCUAAAGAACUCAUGCAACUGAUCAAGCACUUGAGCAUCAUGACGGAGCAGGGAGUUGGAGCCAAUGCUGUGCCUGGUGUUACGGCACCAGGAAAUGUGUACCUGAUCCAGGCCAGGAAUCCUGUGGCUCCUGGGAGCAAGGCGCAGCCUGUGGGCAUGGCCACUUACUUAACAUCCAGAGUGACCGAGAGUGAUGCAGGAAGAGCGAACUUACAGACGCCACGCAUGGUGAUCCAGAAUCCAGCGGGAGUGAACGCCACACAGGGUCCGCCCACUGCGCUUCAGCAUCCGGCAGCAGUGGCCAGUUUCCAGACCCUACCUGGGGAAAUCCAGACCACAGACCUCCAGACCCUGCCUGGGGGCCCUCAGAAUCCCCCCACAUUUACUCCUGGGCUGAUGUAUACCUCCAACCAGUCCCAAUGGAACAUGCCAUUUGAAUCGUUUUUUACGUUCGAUCCCAAGAAAUUCAUAAAGGAGGAGGUCAGGACGCUAGGGGCGAUCCAGAUCCUCAUCGGCCUGACUCACAUCUUCACUGCCAUCAAUCCUUCACUGUAUGAGAAAAAUUCCUAUUCCGCGGUGUCAGGGUACCUGAUCUGGGGAGGAAUAUUCUUUAUCAUCUCUGGCUCUCUCUCAGUGGAGGCUGAAAAGAACCGCAGUUCUUGCAUGGUUCACGGCAGCAUCGGCAUGAACGUGGUCAGUGCUAUCAUUUCCCUGGCUGGGGUCUUGCUUCUCAUCAUGGAUUUGUGCUUUACCCCGCCGAUUAACGUGAAGACAAUUUCCGGUGGUCUCCUCCCCUUCGCCCUGCUGGAGUUCUGCCUCACCUGUGUGGUCUCGCAUUUUGGGUGCCAGGCUACGUGCUGGAACCAGUUUGUGAACAGGACAGAGGUUCCGACCGUAGUCAUUGCCAACCCAGCCAACACUCCCACCAGCUCUUUCAACACUACCGACGAUACCACUGGCCAUGCCAACGUUACCACCAGCCCUACCAACCCCACCUCCCCCACUAACGCUGCAGUGAUGGUGCCCCCUGUACCCUCCUAUGAAGAUGUAGCUGGUUUUGCCCAGAAAUAGUCUGUUUCAGUGACAAGGAGGAGCCAUUUCAGUUAAAUCUUUCCUUCUCCCAGAAACUUAUGCUGGUCCAAAAUGAACAAUCACUUUCUCCCCUCUUUA